GAUGCAGCCAGGAUCAGGUGGCCAGCACAACUCCCAGGCAUCAGCUCAGACCUUACUGGGCUCAGCAGGAUGAAGGAAUUAAGCUCCUAUACGACCUGUAUCUUUAUCCUGUUACUGGCGGUGUCCAUGACCAGCCCCUCGCGGGGAAUCUCCCAGAAUCACUUCCAGAGAAGGAAUUGGACUCCCCAGGCCAUGCUUUACUUAAAGGGGGCACAAGGCCGAAGGUUUAUCUCUGACGAGAGUCAAAGGAAAGACCUUUAUGACAGACUGCAGUUCGAAACGCGCAGGAAUACUAGUCCAAUCACAAUAUCAGAGGCCGCAGCGAUGUUUCUUAGCUCGUUACAGAAAGCACAAGCAGACGCUGAAGAUGAAACCAUCGACCAGCAGGGCUAUCUGCCAGAGACUUUAUUCAACUGGUGAAGUCGCCAAGCAAACAUUGCCGCUGCUAGUUUCUAUUCUCUUUAACACGUGUUAUAUGUGACGUGUUUCGUUUAAUUCCUCUGGUUGACACGCAUUCCGCUCAGUUCUGGAAUGUUCAAACAUUACAAUAAAAAGACUGAUUUGGAAACUGGUUCUGUCUGUGCAAUGUAUUCUGCCAAGUCCACUUUCCGUUCUUUGGUUUCUUUGAUUUGCCACAAAAUUAUGAAUAAAAUGUAACAGCGUAAUU